AUAACUUGUGAGGUUUUCCGCUUGACAUCAUUAUGGGUGGUUCUAAUGUUAUUAAGUAUAUCAGAUGGCAUAAAUACUGCUGUCAGCAGUACAUCACAAGAGGAGGAUAAAUCUGACAAAUCCAGCAGCAAUAAACCCAAGCAACAAUUUAAAGGAGGCAAGGUUCGCCAGAGGCCUAAAAAACUUAACGAAGAUCCCACAUUUAGUACAAGUUUAUCAACUCCUAUUGAAGAUAUAAUAGAGGAAACAAUCAAUGAAGAAGCUGUAGUAGUUAAUAAGAAGAAAGGAAAAUCCUCCAAAAAACAUACAACUGAAGAAUUGCCAGUGAAAAAGGAAAAACCCAAAAAAGAUCUAGAUGAUGACAUAGGUUAUUCAUUUUUCAAAGUUAAAACUGUUCCCAAAGGAAAUUUAGAAACCAAACCUAAGAAACACAUUUCUGUUGACCUAAAUGAAGAUAACAGAGCAGAUGAUAUAGGUUUCUCAUUUUUACCUGUCAAAGAAAAAGGCAAAAAAUAUAAAUCUAAGAGUAAUCCAGAAAAUAAAGACCAAGAACUGACUUUAAGUGCAGUGGUAGAUCAGACACUGAGGAAAACUAAAUAUGACACAUCAAAACCAUCAAUAAUAGAACAUUACAAAAAGAGAACAACUGACAAAGCUUUUUCAAAGAAGGCUGCAACAAAAUUUGAAAGUCCUUCAGUAUCUACAAUUGUAGAAAAGAGAUUGUUGUAUGAAAGCAAACUUAAAAGUGAAGCUAAGGAGAGCAAAAAGGUUACAUCUUCUAUUUCUUACGCUAGAAUAGUUAGUGCUACUGAUGCCCCUUCAGAUUCUGAUAUUGAACAAAAUCCCCAGUUACUAAAUGGACUUAAGCCUAAUAUUCAACAGCAUAGUGUUGAGUCUUUAGACUCAGUAAAAUCUAGCUCUGAGUCCAUAGAAGUAAUUGAUGAUAGCAAUUUUGAAUAUCAAAACAGUCAAUCUACCAAUUUUGAGACAAUCAAAGAGAAAUUAAACACUUUACUAGAUGAAGAUUCUGAUUUUAAUCAAACUUUAACAGGGCAAUCAAAUAUAUAUGAAAUAGAUCAAGCUUCAAAGCAAUCUUCUGUAUAUAUUGUAGGGAGUAAAGAGGUAUUGGACAAUUCAAUCUCUACACAAGACUUUUAUAUUGCUGAUACAGGUUUUGAACAAGAACCUGAACAAAAAUUCAGUCAGGAAACACUAGAAUCUUCAAUAGACAACAGUUUUAUAACAGAGGAUAAUAUAAUUGAAAAAAGUACUUCCAGUGAAGUUUUUCUUAGUUUUGAAAGACAUAGUGAACCUCAAGAUCUAACACACAGCCUUGAACACAGUGAUUAUUAUCAAAAUAAUUAUUCACAGUUGAAUUUUGGCAAUCAACUUCAAAACUCUUCAGAAAGUCAUAUUUCUGAUUACAGUUAUUCCCAAAAUCAACAGUUUCUAAGUUCAAGUGACUUUUCUAGAGACUACAAUUCUACAGACCAUUCCUUUACAGAACUAGUCGACAAUUGUGCUAUUGCAGAAACCUAUCAAACAGACAGUAAUUAUUUUCAAUCCAAUAGUGAACUGUCAGAGCAAUUUGAAAGAGUUGUUAGUAAGCAGUUCAUCUCUACAGAAAGUUUUCAUUCAAAUUCACAAUCAUCAUUUCAAGAGUUAGUGUAUGGGAAUCAGUCUUUGGUGACUGAAAAUAAUUUGGAAAGCAGUGAAUAUAUUGAAACUUCAACCAAGGAAUCCAAACCAGAACCAGAGGAACAAACUUCUCCCCAGUUUAUCGAGGCUCCAUGCAGAGAAGUACCCGGUGUUGAACAGAAAAUUUCUUGUACGGAAAAUCCGACUUAUUCCAGUACUGGUGACUCCGAGGCUAGAGCUAUCAGUGAAAAUACGUCACCAAACAAAGUUCAUCUGACAGAAUCUUUUUCUGUAGAAUUCAAAAAAGUUGUUUCAGAAGAAAAGCAAGAAUCUACUUAUUCACGCAACAGCCAAGAAGAUUCUAAAGAAAAUCAAGUUGUAGAUGAAUAUUCGUUAAUAUCUGAGAAAGAAGAUCGAGAAGAGACUCAAAUAGAAGAUUAUUCAUUAACAUCCGAAGAAUAUAAACAAGAAAUAAAGGAACAAAACCAAGUUGUAGAAGAACAAUCUUUAACGCCUGAAGAAGAAGAUUAUCAAGAGAGCAAAGAAUACGAAUUUAUUAAUGUUCCAACGGAAUCUGAAGAUCAGAAAGAAUUAGCAGAAGAAAAUAGACAUAUUCUUUCUUCAAAUCAUCUCGAAAAAGAAAGUAAAGUUGAAGAAGAGUUUGUUUAUGCAUCUGCCAAGGAAGAUAGUCAAUUUAUAGAAGCAGAAGUUGUUGAAAACGGAAGUGACUUUAUUGCUGCUGAAGAAUUUGCGGAAAUAACUACAACUAAAGUUGAAGAAGAGGUUGUUACUGCGUCUGAUAAGGACAAAAAACAAAUUAUAGAAGAAGAAAGUGUUCAAAACAAAACUGAGCAGUUUAAUCAAGCAACUACAAGCGAAGAACAGCUUCGAGUUACAGAAAAGGAAAUAUUUUCUCGUGCUUCACUAAUUGAGCAGCAGGAUUACUUUUUAGAGGAAGAACGAAAGUUACCUUCUUUGCAAACACAACCCGAAGAAUAUAGUGAAUACCAAGAGGAUACAGGAAUCGAAUACAACAAUAUCAUGUCUGAAAAAGCUCAGCAGGUCAGAGUUUUAACUCUAAACGAUCACGAACACCAGGAAUGUACUCUAUACAGAAUAGAGAAGAACUGGGUGAUACAGUUCCGUGUCGGACCAUCCCUAUUCGGCAGAAAGGUGUUCUUAUAUUGUAAUUAUCCUUCUAAAACCAAUAACCAACUUAACGAAUUUAGACGAAACAAAUACCAACUGUUGCAAUGGUGUGCCGAUGAAGGUUGCGAGAAUGCGGACGAUACUGGUUUUUUCUCCCAGAUAAAGGCAGAGCUGGCUGGAAGUUUUCAUUAUUUCUUCACAUAUGAAAAAGGUGAAAACUUAGAAAGACAAGGAUCCGGAUACUUCCUUGUAGAUCCUGUCCUCAAAUAUGGCAACAACGAAGAAUUACCCCUGGAUUGUAUCCAAUGCCAAACCGUUUUAGCGAAGUGUUUGGGAUCUUUCUCCACUUGGGAGAACAAACUGCAAGUGGCUAAAGAAUCUGGCUACAACAUGAUUCAUUUUACUCCUAUCCAGGAAUUGGGCGAGUCUAACUCGUCAUAUAGUUUGAGUGAACAGUUGAAAUUAAAUCCCGUCUUCAAGAAGAGUGAUGGAAAGAUGCCGACAUUCGAAGAAAUGGAACAGUUUACCUCGAAACUUCGAAAAGAUUGGAAGGUAACUUCUAUUUGCGACAUUGUUUUAAACCACACAGCAAACGAGAGCAAAUGGAUUCAAGAACAUCCCGAAGUAACGUACAACUGUGUCAACUGCCCCUAUAUGCGUCCCGCAUACUUACUAGAUGCUGCUUUUGAUUUCUUUUCCUCCGAAGUUAAAAGAGGAGUGUACGAGGACAGAGGUAUACCAGCAGAUGUUACCUCCGAAGACCAUCUCAAUGCUAUUCGCUAUCACUUCCGCGCCAGCAUUUUGGAUCCUCUGAAAAUUGAAGAGCUAUUUACUUGUGACACCAAAAAAUUGAUAGCCAAUUUCUUAUCUUUAGCCCGUUCAGGUCAGCCAAAUCCUCCAAAAUCACCAGAUUCCAAGCCCGAAAGUGAGGAACUGAAGCUCAUCCAAGAUCCCCAAUACAGACGUUUAGAAACUUCCGUGGACAUGAAACUAGCGCUUAAAUUAUAUAAUAUUUACUGGAGCGACACAUUCGACGAAGAUUCCAGGCUUAAAAAGUGCGCUGAGCAAUUUAAGAACAAACUAGACGAGCUGAACAACCGCGUCAUCGACGAAGUCAACGGUCAUUUAAGUGCCGCGAUCGAGAACGUUAUCGCCGGUAUUAGAUACUACAGAGUUCAACACGACGGGCCUAAAUUCAAAGAUAUUACGAUUAAAACUCCUUUGGUGUAUCGUUACUUCACCGAUUAUGGAAGUCCGAAGACGUUGAAAGAGUUCGAAGACAUCAUGUACAGCGAUAAGGGCAGGUUUUUGAUGGCGCACAACGGAUGGGUGAUGGAGUCUGAUCCUUUAAGAAACUUUGCUGCUCCCGACACAAAGGUAUAUAUUAGGCGUGAAUUGAUUGCUUGGGGUGAUAGCGUUAAAUUAAGGUUCGGCGACAAGCCUGAGGAUUGUCCUUUCUUGUGGGAUCACAUGAAGAAGUACGUGGAACAAACUGCCAGGAUAUUUGAUGGAGUCCGCUUGGAUAAUUGUCACUCAACUCCAAUCCCCGUUGCCGAAUAUUUGUUGGACUGUGCCAGAAGAGUUAGACCAGAUCUUUACGUAGUCGCUGAACUAUUUACCAAUUCCGAUAUGACUGACAAUAUCUUCGUGAAUAGGUUGGGUAUAACGUCUCUCAUCCGUGAAGCAAUGUCAGCGUGGGAUUCCCACGAAGAGGGUCGUUUAGUUUACCGCUACGGUGGCUCCCCCGUGGGAUCGUUUUACCAACCCAAUGUGCGUCCUCUUGUACCAUCAGUAGCACAUGCUUUGUUCCUCGACCAAACUCAUGACAAUCCUAGUCCAGUUGAAAAACGAUCAGUAUUCGAUUUGCUGCCCAGUACUGCAUUGGUCAACAUGGCUUGCUGUGCUAGUGGAUCAAACAGAGGCUACGAUGAGUUGGUUCCUCACCAUAUUCACGUUGUUGAUGAAGAUAGGGAGUAUACUGAAUGGACUGUCGCUGAUAAUUUGUCCCUGGGUAACUUGCGUUAUGUUACUCACAAGUGUGGCAUCCUCAAAGCCAAGAAAGCAAUAAACGAUUUACAUUUUCUUCUUGGAAAACAAGGAUUUAACCAGGUGUAUGUGGACCAGAUGGAUUCUGAUAUAGUAGCUGUGACUAGACACUGUCCCGUUACCCAUCAGAGCUAUAUUUUGGUAGCGUUUACAGCAUUUGGACACCCAAAUGAGGAUGCAGGAGAUCACCAGAGAGGAAUUAAACCGUUACGGUUCGAGGGAAAUCUGGACGAAAUCGUCUUAGAGGCUACUUUGAGUCACAUAAAGCACAAAUCCGGUGGUUCCAAAUAUACCAAAUGGCAUCCAUUUAUCAAGGAUUCAAAAUGGAUCAACGGUCUUCCUGAUUACCAAGUAUCUGUGAAAGAACACAUUCAAGUUCCAGACUCAGAUAUAUUUGAAAAAGUCGACUCAGGAACGAAGAACGUCACUCAAUUGAACUUCAAAAACUUCAAACCAGGAUCUGUAGUUGUUAUUAAAGCAUCACUGCCAGAACCAAUGCGUGCUGCUAUAAAGGCUGUCAGGACCCUAAUCAGUUCUAUUUCACUGGCAAAACCCACCGAACUAGCCUCCAUAGUCAACAAAAUGACAUUAGCUGAUAUGAAUAGAGCCUUGUACAGAUGCGGCCAAGAGAACGCGACGAAGGGUUUGGUUUUGAUACAUACAACAUUCCCAGCUUUGGUUCGAUGGUUUAUGCCGGAUUACAAGGUAGUAUUUUUAAAAAAUUUAAAGCUGAUGGUGUUAUAUACUUUUCGUAUUGUUUCAGGUUUCAUGUCUUUACUUGCAAAUAUAAGACCGAAUAAUGAUCUUGGUCAUCCGAUGUGUGCUAAUCUGAGAGAUGGUAACUGGAUGCUAGGUCUAGCUCUAGGAUCGGUACAAUUCGGUGCUUAUAUUAAGUCUGCCGAUUUGCCGACAUUAUCACCGAAUUUGGCACCUCCUAAACCGCCAUCUAGAAAAAUUAACAACGAGACUGUCCAAGCUUGUGUGACUUUAUCAGCAGGUUUGCCACAUUUCUCAGUCGGUUACAUGAGAAAUUGGGGAAGAGACACAUUUAUCGCCCUAAGAGGACUCUUUAUCUUAACCGGACGUUAUCAAGAAGCUAGGGAACACAUUUUAGGCUACGCCGCUUGUAUGAGACACGGCCUAAUUCCCAAUUUGUUAGAUGGUGGACGAAACUCAAGAUUCAACUGUAGAGACGCCAUCUGGUGGUGGUUAUUCUGUAUUAAAGAAUACGUCAACGAAGCUCCCGAAGGAAUUAAAAUUCUUUCAGACAAAGUUUCCAGGAUAUUCCCCACGGACGACGCCACGAAUCAACCUCCAGGAGCCGUAGAUCAACCUUUACAUGACGUUAUUCAAGAGGGACUCAAAGUACAUUUCCAAGGACUCGCUUUCAGAGAAAGAAAUGCGGGGAAACAAAUCGACGAGCAUAUGACAGAUGCAGGAUUUAAUAAUCAGAUUGGAGUUCAUCCAGAAACAGGUUUCGUCUUUGGUGGUAAUAAAUGGAACUGCGGCACCUGGAUGGACAAAAUGGGAUCAUCCGACAAAGCCGGAAACCGCGGCAAACCAGCCACUCCAAGAGAUGGCUCCGCAGUUGAACUGAUCGGAUUGUCAAAAUCAGUCAUUUCCUGGUUAGCUAAACUGAGCGAAGACAACAAAUACCCUUACAAGGGAGUAGAAAGGGUGUCCAAGAGCGGCUCAAAGACCAACUGGACGUUUAAAGAAUGGGCCCAAAAGAUACAGAACAAUUUCGAAAAACACUUCUGGGUGAAUUCCAAGCCGACCGAUGGAGAGAUUCGACCCGAUUUAGUCAACAAGAGAGGCAUUUAUAAGGACUCCUAUGGGUCAAGCUUAGAGUAUACCGAUUUCCAAUUGAGGUGUAACUUCCCCAUCGCCAUGGUUGCGGCACCAGAACUAUUCACUCCAAGCCGUGCUUGGGAAGCUCUGAUACAAGCAGAGAAAUAUUUAUUAGGUCCUUUAGGAAUGAAAACACUCGAUCCUGAAGAUUGGGCGUACAAGGGUGACUAUGACAAUUCCAAUCAGUCGGAAGAUCCCACAGUUUCACAUGGAUUUAACUACCACCAAGGCCCGGAAUGGGUAUGGCCUGUUGGAUUCUUCCUUCGAGCCAAACUCAUUUUCGCCGCACAAAACGGAGCGUUGAGAGAAACGGUCGCUAGUACAAAAUUGAUUCUGUCAAAACACUUCGUCGAAUUACAAACUUCUGACUGGCGAGGUCUUCCAGAAUUGACCAAUAAAAAUGGUUCCUAUUGCAAUGAUAGUUCAAGGACUCAAGCGUGGAGCAUGUCCUGCGUACUUGAGGUCCUUCAUGAUUUAAAGAAAAUUGAGUCUAGUAUAGACCUACUAGGCAACUGACUUACCAGUACCUUAGACACUAAGACAAAUAAUAGCGUUACACAAAAACAUACAUACAACAAAACCAUACGAAGCGAAGUAGUUGAAAACAAAAAACUUUUGUCGCCGAAAUUUUGUAGAAUAUUGAGACGGCAAAAGAUUUACACUGAAAUAGAAGAAAUCAAAAUAAUGAACCACUCAGACGAUCAAAAUUCUUCCAGUGAAAUAUUAAGUUCUUCCAUUUUUAGUGAUACGUUUCUGCCAUACAGCGACCUCUAUUUUAAGCAUAAUCAAACAUUGCCUAAUGCGGUUGUAAGUUUAAGUAAGUUUAUACAGAGUGAUAAUUUAUUAUUAAGCAACGAUUCUCUAAUUUGUUCGUCUAAUUUUGUGCCUUUUUACCAAGAGGUUCCCAAAUACUGCAUAGGAAUAUUAGACAGCAAACACGGACAUUUGUCAUAUAAGGAAUUAAAAUGUUCUUAUGAUCCUAGUAGUUACGAUUCAUACGUUCCUAUAUUUUUAUCUUUACCUAACAAUAAUCUCUUCAAAACUUUUACAAAUAAUUACAUAUCUCGCCGUACAAUGGGUCUGUCGAAGAAACGAAGACCGACAGUGCAGAACUUGGAUGAAAUCAUCCCGAUGAUGGACGAAAUGUACCGAAACAUCGAGCACAGUCCGCGUCAGCACGAACCGGAGCCGUAUUUGGAACGAAACGUGCUGUUGCUGGAUCCUUUACUGCUCGAUUUGAACGAACGAAGAACCAAGCUGCAGAUCAGUCGUUCGGAACACAAGAAGAUUGUACGGAUCACUAUAAUGUACGUUUUAGCUUUCUUUGCACUUGCACUGGUGACGUUCUUUAGUUUAUAUUUACUCUAAAAUUUGAUAAUAAGAGACUGCUUACGUGCCAUUAGUUGUUAAAAGAUAUUUAUUUUUAUGUUAAAUUUGUUUUUAAGUGCUGUUAAACUUUAUGUAUACUGUUUACUUUUAUGGAUGUAUUGUUAAAUUCUAUUUAAAUUAUACAUUACUGAAGUCGAA